AUGCCGACGUGUGCUGUGCAGGGGUGUGGAGGAACCAGAGCUACACUGCACCGUGUCCCACUGAGGAACAGCCAAAGGAAAAAUCAAUGGUUAGCUGCAAUCAACAACCCCAACUAUGAUGAGAACACCCCGUCUGAGACUCUGAGAAACAUCCGAGUGUGUUCCAGACACUUCAAACCACAGGAUUUCAAACAGGACCUGAAGUCUGAACUCCUGGGUACCAAACCAAGAACUGAACUACAGGAGGACACGAUACCCUCCAUAUUCCCAUGGACCAUUUGUGAUGGGACCCAGUAUACGGAAAGAUCUCGAAAGAGAAGCAGAGUCAAGGUACCACCUGAAAAAGCAACCACACCUUCACUCUCAUUGUGUUCUGAGCUGGAAGAGAAAUCCUGGCCCAAAGCUGUCAAGAGUCUUCAAACUCAGCAAGGAUCUAGUAUUUUUAGGACUAGUGAUGUAUUGGUGAACACACAGUGUCUGCUGGAGCUCUUUCAGCUCUGCUGGCUGUGUCACAGAGAGUGCUGCAUCACUAUAGAGGGCAACGAGAGGCUGUUUUCAGUUACUCAGGACUGCCAGAGCUGUGGAUACCACAAACAGUGGAAAAGUCACCCUACCUCUGCUAAUGAUGCAGAAUUGUACCCUGAAGCAGAACCUACUGUGAAAUAUGAUAAUGAUGAAGAGGUUUUGGUGAAGAUUGUGUCCUCUGAGAAUGAGGGCAUAGACCCAAGCUAUGAGCAGACAUUCUCAGAAACUGAUGUAUCCAGCGGUGAGGAAGAAACUGAACUGCCGGAUGAGGAAAGCGAAACAAAAAGAAAGAGAAAAUCUGAGAACCAGGACAGGUGUGAUGAGUGGAAACCACAUGUGAAUGAGAAGGACACAGACUCUGAUGUAUCCAUGGAUGAAAACCUCUUCACGGUGUUGAAGGAGGAUCGUCAGCUUAAAGUUGUGGUGUGGUGUGUAGAUUGUAAAACCGACGCCUCACUUUCCUGUUCCCUCCGUCGACACCAUAAAGUGUUCUGCUGUGCCCGGUGCUGUGAUGAAGCUGAGGUUUGUGAUUUUGAGAAGUUCUCUGUUCGUUUCAAUGACUUUUUAAGUUUUCAGAGACAUGCUGAAAUGGAACACGGAGCCAAACAGAUUCAUAAACUGUGCCAGCAAUGUGGGAAAUUUGCUAUAGCAGAUCCUGAAUCUGGAGAUCACAAGUGUGAACACAAAGCCAAACAAACUGUCUGUACAGAGUGCGGGAAACAUUUUUUCACUGAUAUCGAGCUGAAGAGGCACUACGCUAAACAUCACGAGGACUCCAUCCAAACCAAGCCAUCCAAACUGGAGCAUGAGCAGAAUCAUCUAAAGCAAAAACAACCAUACAGCUGACCAGACUGUUUAAGGAGGUUUCAUAAACAAAACGACCACCUCAAGUUACACAGCAGUCCAUAAAAAUCUGUGUGAGAUACUUGUGAGAAGGGUUUUAAUGACCUUAACAGGCUAAAGAAGCACAAACUCAUUCACUCUGGAGGAAAACCCUUCGAAUGCCAAGUGUGUCUGAGUUCCUCUAACCAAAUGGAAAAUCUGAACUCUCAUAUGUGUCUUCACACAGGAGAACCCUUAAUGUGUACAGAAUGUGGACAACGUUUGAGCCAGAAUGUCAGUCUAAAGAACCACCAAUCACAGCACCAAAAUGCAAGGCGUGACUCAGAAGAAGCCAAAGUAAUCUAGAUCAGUGGUCCCCGACCACCGGGCUACAAACUGGUACCAGUCAUUUAUUACCGGGCUGCACAGAAAAAUGCAAUAAUUUUUUUUUUUUUCUGUUUUAUUGACAAUCACACUCUGGAAGUUGUUUUAUUAAAAAAAACUAAAAACUGGGACUGAAGCUCCCAGUGAUUAAGUAACGGUGUAGAUCUCAAAAUAGCUGUCAAUCAAAACGGGAUUCAGCCUUUCGACUGAUCCUUCAAUCAUCUUGCAGAAGCUCAGCGUUCAGACCCGCCCACAGCUCCAUUCACCCCAGAGACGCUCAGCGUCGGGGGCGGAACAAAAUCGUGGCAUUUAUCCAAUGACCGGCGAGUUUCAAAGCAAUGAAAUAUGUAUGAGAAGUUCGAGUCAGUGAUUUGUGAUAAGUAGCUGAUUCUGAACGAACUCGUCUUCGAGAUGAACGUGUUC